UACUAAUUAAAUAAUCUUAAUAAUAUAUUAGAACUUAUAAUAUAUUAAUAAACCUUAAGUGUUAUUUCUCUCAUUUUAGUCUAUCCAAGUGCAUGAUGCCAUGCAACCCAAAUGGACCAUGCCGGGUCGGGUCAAGUCUUACUAAUUAUAGUUAUGGACUUAGACAUUAAUCCAAUAUUCUACCACUUGUAUAAGUCUAAAACUAUUAUUGCAAGUAUGAGUUCAGAACCCGACUAGCAACCGUAGCUCUCAAAAGCUUCUGUCGAUCUCUGACCUUGUCGAUGAACUCUGACCUCUGUCAAUUACUUUUCCUUUAGAUAAGUGAUCAUAUAUUCCUCCAUUCUAGAUAUCAUAUGGACUGAGACAUGGAUUAUAAUCAUUCUCUCUGUCCAUUUGUUGUUUCCCGAUUUCUGAUUUAUGACGACUGACUAAUUGAACAAAUCAAAUCAGUCCAGGCCCGGCCGAGCACUUACUUUUGUCAUCACUAAAUCAUCGAGGGGCCCACAGAUAUCGCUUUUAUCCCUUUGAGGGUAAAAGGAAUGGAUAAAGUUCGACUCAUAUGCUUGUACUGACUACUUGUUGAAUCAUACACAAAGGCACGUUUUAUAGCAUCGAGUUACCAAUGCGUUUUCGUACAAUCAAUGUAUAACCAACUCAUAGGCAACAACUCAUAUCUCUAGGUUUGAAUAAUAUAAGAUAUUAUCGUCUCAUGAUUCACUCGUGAUAAAAUCCAUGAAGUGAAUCCAAAUGAGCGUGGGUUGAAUCCAAUACUCAGCCCUUAUGAGUACUCAUGAAUGUUGUAGCAACUAUUGCAUUGUCUAAAGCACUUUAGACAAAUCAUACAAUCCAAAUUCACGACAGUCUUGAUUCAUAUCUACUUCCAACAUAUGACCGACUGUGGAUGGUUUGAAUAACUUGGUCAUUCGGGAGAAUGACCUAGUUAUUCUGGAAGUCAAAACAUGCAAAGUGAAACAUAAAAUAAUACUAGUUCUAUAUGGCCUCAACACUUUGAGCAUAAAUAAAACACCUUUUAUCUAAGCACCAUAUUGAUCACUCAUUAUUCAUGUUUCGAUUAAUCAACUUAAUACUUGAAUUGAAACAGUAGUGAUGCCAUGCUCCAAGCAUGCAUACUAUGUUUCUCUAAACAAUAGCUAUGCCAUACUCUAAGUAUGCACACUAUGUUUAUAUAUGGUCAUCUCUUUGUGAAAUGUAUAUCAAUUGAACAUGACUUCAAUGAUUCUCAUUUCACAAUCCCAAUCCUUAUUGUAAAUGUAAGAAUACCAAGUUCUCGUCAUUUACCGUAAUCUAUGCAAUGAUCCUCUUGUAAUGAUAUUCACACAAGUCACAAAGACUUGGCAACAAACAUUACAAAGUAUUCCAAUGGAAAGCAAUUCCAUGGAGAUGAAGUCUCAAAUUCAAAGUACAUUCCUUUGAACAUCCUUCUUUGCAUUAAGUUCUUUAAUCUUACACAGAUUCAAAGAAUAACUUCCACCUAUGGAAACAAUUCCAUAUUCCCAUCUUGACCAUCACUUUUGAACAAGAGUUGCCUCUUUCCAAAAUAUGUCAAUACGAUCCUUACUCUAUACCUCCAAUUGUCCAUGAGUAACCAAACUUUGGAAAACCCCAAAUUGUUCUCGACAAUUGCGUAAUCAUCUUAGUCAUAUCCAGUUCUAAUCCCUUUUCCCUUCUUAACGCUCUAAGAAUUAGGAAAAUUUAGAAUGGAUGGAUAUUAUAACACAUGCAAUCGAUCCUAUAUCCGAAGCAUAUGGGAUACGAUUCAUGCUAUAAAAUUUUUAUUUGCCAUGUUCUCAUAAUUCGAACUAUGAAGAGGGAUGCCGUAAUCAUAAUUGAAUUUUGAGAAAGCAACAUAUAUAGAAAUUCCUUAUGUUGAACCAUUCCAACAUAACAUUCAUAUAUAUUCUUGACUAAAGUUGAUUAAAAUCUCAAUCUAAGCUUGUAGAAUUGGAAUGAAGUAUAAAUUUCUCUCCCUUAAUUAUAGUAAAACAACUUUUUCAAAGCGAGUUGAAACUUUUGUUUUCUAUAAUUAACAUUGCUAACUUGCAACAUAAUCAUCAUGCUCCCACUAGCAUAAUGAUUAUUAUCUAACUAGCAUAACACUUUAUGCUCCCACUAGCUUUGACAUAUACCUAGAAAUCAAUCAGAUUUCUGAUACUAGAUUGCCUUGAUAAGACUUUAUCAAAUCAUACACCUGGAGUCUAAACCUUUCCUUAGAUAGCUCACAUGUGAGUCUAAACCUUUGCCAUUCUCAUUAGUUAGUGUGUCGGUUAACCACGCACGCUCCACUAACGACAUGAGAAUGCAAACUUCACACUUGCUAUCCACUUAAAUCUAUAGUGAAAGAGUUUCCUCACUAUCAUUUUCAUGAAUCGGAGAGAAACCUUAUGACACUUAGAUUUUGAUGGUGUAUGUGUUCCUAUCCAUGUGAAUUUGACAUAACCAUAAUCACACGACAAGGUUAAUGACAAAUCCAAAUUCAUAUGGACUGAACUUGUGCAGUCUUAAUUUCUUGCCACCUGGUAGCACAAGGGCAUGCCAUUGCUUCCAAGUUGUUAUGCAACCAGUUGAGAACUCUCAGAACUCCAAUGCAAAACCAACUUUAACUGGAAUGGGCACAGAAUACGUCAACACGACAGGUUACAAACCUCAAGUCGUGGUUUAGUGAUUAACAAAACUCUUGAUUAGUUCUUGAAUCUAUCUUAAGAUCCUUUUAAGACUCCCACUGGCCUCUUGACAUAUAAGAAUCUCUUUGUCAAGAACCAUUCCUUGACAAAAACGAAUAUUCAAGAGUCAGUGCUGAUUCUUAUCAAGUUAAACACUUCUCAUAAUUGGUCUUAGUUGGUCUUUGUUUUAUCCAAAACAUCACAACUUACCAAUUUCAAAUGUACAAGAGUAAGAAAACAUUUUACUCUACAUUUAACAAGUGUUUUAAACAUUUCUUAAGAUUAUGUCACUCAAGGCUUAAUCUUGGAGUAUGACUCUAAGAUUUAAUUUUGGAACGAAGUAUAAUUUAUCUUUUGAUCUAACCAUUUCAACAAUUCACGAUUCCUCUCCUUAGCCAAACAAAAUGAACUAAGGUGUCCUUAGAGGAUCAAUUGUGACAUGGUUUCAUAAUCACUGAGAUAAUCAUAAAACAAGAUACUCAAGUACUCUCCCAUCUCUUCAGAUUAGAGAAACUUUUAUCUUUCUACCUUAUUUGAUUCUUCUUACUCAUUAUGUCUGUCAUUGAAACUUCUCCAAUGAUCCAGAACUAUACUUAAACUUGUAAGUAUAACCAUAUUUACUAAACUUUAGUAAAUCAUAAUGAAUAAUCUUAUCAACUUUGUGGUGGACUUGAUCAGCGCACACCCAAGUGUAUCCGAUCCCUUUGUCCUUCACUUGAUUCACAUAUACAUGUGAACAAGGAAUUAGACUUAAUUUCCCAAAUAUAUAAAAAAAUUCUCAUGAUCAUACAAUACAAGUUGCAUGAUUCCAAGUUUCUAUCCAACUAAAACUUGGGUGAUGAGAAUCUUUUCUUAUUUGGUAAAUUAUGACACUUCCACUAAUGAAAGAAUCAAAUCCAUUUACCCAUAUUGCUUAUCAAUGGAAACAUAUAAUCAACAAUUUUUCACAAAUGCCAUUGUAAGGAUACUUAAAUUAAAUAAAAUCAAAACCAUUUUUCUUUUAUUUUAAAACUUUGUGGAAAAAUUUAUCCUUACAAUCCAUAUGGAAAACUUGUUGUUAUCUAUUCCUAAGCAAUAUAUCAUAACUCUUAAGUAACAACUCAAAUUUCUGAUCACCGAACCAUGCGAUCAAAAUCCAUCUUCGCGAUCAGAAUCAGCAUAUACUUCCUUUAAGUUUCUUCACCUUUUCUUUGAUUCUUAAAACAUCAACAUGUGACCUCGUCACAUUAUGCAAUAAGAAUCUCAGAAUAGAAACUUAAUAGAGUUAGACAAUGGACUUUACCUGAAGUAGAGUCAAACCUAUUGACUUUACCAUCCUUAAUAUGUUUCAUGUAAAUUUAGCAGCUUCGCAACCAAUGUCUUUCCUUUGGCAACAGAAUCAUAUGGACCUUUUGGAAACGGUACAUGGGACUAUCACAGACUUAACCUUUCUCUUUACCAUUUGGUCAACCAAGUUGACUAUGGCCGAUCCCUUUCCAUUGGGAAGAGAAAGUUUUUCCUGGACCUCCAAUGUCACCAUUUUCAAUGUUCAAAUAGGUUUGGAAAGUAGAUCUUCCAAUCCAGUUUGCUUUACUAAUGCUCCAAAUCAUUGCUGAUUUAGCAUCAUCAAGCAAAUAGGUAAGAUCAUUAAAGGUUCUGUCGCGACCUGUCAUCAGGGAGUGACUGAAGAACCAAGUCAGCAGCCAGCGACCUCGAGACUUCGACACCCGACUCUCCCGACUUGUCAAAAUGUGGCUUAAUCCCCAAGAUCUAAGCACAUAUAGACUUUGCUUGCCAAUAGGGAUUGAGUGACUUAGAACUUAUCAAGUCUUAAAACUUGUGGGAUAGGGAGAUUUAUUGGAGGAAGUGGAUGAAGUGAAGUAUGAUUUCUAGUCCCACAAAUGCCCAACAAAGGGAUUGAUCUUUCACCUUCAUUGCCAUUUGGGAUAUCAUCUUCAUUAGGAAGCUUGUUCCUAAAGAUUUGGGGAGACCAUAGCUGUCUAAACUAGACAUCUAUAAUGUGAGAAAUUCAAGUUAGUUGAUUUAAAGUCCUUAAUAUAACACCCAAUAUGAAAUAUUAAGGCUAGGACCCAACAACCUAUUUAUAACUGGAAGAGGGAUGCCGUAAUCCAAAUUAUAAAAUAGUUGAAGGUAGGUAAAUGACGAUUUACCAAUUUCCACCAUGAAAACAAAAUAUUUUAUUAUUAGGUUUUAUUGGUUUUGAAACUCCUAGAUCUUUUGAGAUACAUUGAACUUUUCAAUGACAUGUUUGAAUCUCGAUUGUGCCCUCUCAAAUUUGUGACUGCGAUGCCGAGGAUCACAAACAAGGUGUGAAUAACCAUACAAAUUGACUUGGUACCCUUAACAAUAUUACCUAAUCGAUGUGUUAGUUAACCACACACGCUCCACCGAUCUAUAAUAAAGUCAAGUUACCCUUUGCCACUCUUACUAGUCCAUGUUAGUGUGUCGGUUAACCACACACGCUCCACUAACGACUUGGUAAGGUACAAAGUGUAAUUUUAUGGGCUAGAACCUUUUCACAUUUUCCUAAGUAACUAAGAUUGGGAAUUUAUAAGUGUUUAGUUACUUAGUAUUUUUCAUUAUACUUUUAAUGAAGGAAGAAUUAUAGUCCAUUCCUACCCGUUCGGCUAACGACCCUCCACCAGUCAAGGAAGCGGUGGGUGAGAGUGGACACCCAUUAAACUGUCAUUUUAUAGGCAGUAACCUUAUACCCCCCUUAUAGACCUGCUUCGUGAAUGAGGCCUACUAACGGUAAGAUUGACUUCCUCUUAUACAUAUCUAUAUAAUUAAAAUUAUAAUAAUAGUAUAAGGGUUGAAUUUUAAACUUUUUAAACUUUCAAUGUUCAAUUUGGAAUUAAAGUAUACAUGAGGAGUAACUUUUCAAAUUCCAAAACUUGAGGGCAAGUUUUGAAACUAUUUCAAGACUCUUUAAAUCAUAACUUAUGGGUUUAAUGGUUCUUCAUUUUAAUGUAACCCCUUAUUCUUUAAAAAAAAACACUUUAAAGAAGUGUCUCUUCAACAUCCAUAACUUGAGGACAAGUUAUGGAGUCAUUAAACUAUUUAAUGAAAAAACUCUUACACACUACAAGAAAAAAGGCCUUUUACGACGCGCAAACAACGACACUCGGAGAUUUAUGUUACGAAAAAGAGAGUGACGUUAAAAAAGUGUCAUCUCUUCAAAAAAUUUAAGGAUUUAGGUCACGCAUUAUUGCGUGCCCUUGAAUUAGUGUCUAAAGAAAAAAAUUAAAAACACGGAGGGUGCUUUAUCUUAAACGUGCGUCGUCUAUGGCUGUCGCUUUAUAAUUUUAAUGAAACGCGCGUUUUAAUAGCUAAGGGGGAAAUGGAAUCCAUAAAAAUCAAAACCAGGGGGGAAAUGGAAUCCAUAAAAAUCAAAACCCCCGCCUGUUCGAUCCUUUCUUAGCCAUCGACCCUAAUCUUUGAAUUAGCAAGAAAGAAGCCUUAGGGAUCGACUUCAUCUUCACCCACCUCCAACGCCUCCAACCCUAGUCCUUCAUCCAACACAACUCGGGCUUUCUCUGCAUGAAAACCUCCAACUACAUCCUCCACGUGAAAAAAAACCCUAAUUGGCGGCCACGUUUUGACAUCAGGUAUCCUUGGGAUGAAAGCCUUCUAUUGACAUCAGGGUCCCAUUGAGAUCUUCUGUUAGGGACGAUUGCUCAUAUUUAGUUCAUACAUCCCCCCUAACCAAACCAUUAGCAUCGCAAAAUAACCCUAAUCUUCUGUUCGUUCAUCUUGGCGGCUAGAGAGGGAAUUGUUCAAGGUUUUUGUAUGGGUCUGUCAGAUUUAUGAGUCACCGUCGAGGGAAGAGGGGGAAGAGGACCUCGAGACAAACUUUUCUCCAACCUAAGGUUGGUAAUGAUUUUUUGAAUUCAACAAGACAAAAUUUAAGAUUGAGGGAGGAUCAUAAGGUACACAAUAAUUGUUGGUUGCUGGAACCUUUGUUAUCUCCUGUCCAUGCUUUUUCCCUCAUUACAACAGGAAAAGAGCAAAUGCACGUCGAUUCUGUUCCACAAAUUUUAAUUUGCUCAGCAACAGAAGUCACACAAUAUUUACAUUGGCUUUGGACACCAAUUGAUGGCGAGUUCGACGAUUACAUUGUCAAUCCAAAGUCAAGCGGAUAUCAGAGCUUUAGUUCUGUGGAAAAAUUGAUUGCUAAAAAGAACGCAAAAGGCGCUGCUGUGCAAGGUUCUGGAUGGGUGUGGCUUGCUGUUGACAUAGAGUUGAAGAGGCUUGUGGUUGAAACCACAUCAAACCAGGACCCACUGGUUACAAAAGGUCCAAGUUUGGUUCCUCUACUUGGCAUAGAUGUUUCGGAGCAUGCAUUUAAACAAAUUUCAUUUUUGUAUGGUAUACAAAUUGUACACAUUUCAACUUAUAUAUGUGUUUUUGUACAAUUUGCAGUAUAAAAAUGUCAGGCCCGAUUACUUAAAGAACAUUUGGAAGGUGAUCAACUGGAAAUAUGCAAGUGAGGUAUAUGAGAAAGAGUGCCCUUAAAAGAGUUGCAGGUUUGUUAAGAUUUAAAGGAUGCAAUAAAGAAACCCUAUUUUACCCUUGGGAUAAGAACAUACUGUGUAUGAAACCAGUUUUCCUGUUACACAUUGGAUUUUUCUGAUUAGAAUCCAUUGAAUCAUUGAGUUUCAGUCAAUAACUUACAUUCCUUUGUGCAGAUGAAGCUUAUGAUUUCUGUUUAAGAGCUGUUCAAAUACUACCUAUACAUUCUCUCUCUCUCUCUCUCUCUCUCUCUCUCUCUCUCUCUCUCUCUCUCUAAUAACUUUGUGAAGAAUUGUACUUAAAACACGAUUUUUUGUGCAGCUUCCAGAAUUUAUGAUGGGUCUCGCAAAUCUUGCUUUACUUUCUGGUGAACGUUCAUCUUUAAAGGUUUUGGGACCCAUAAGUCAGGCCUUGCAUCAUGCACCCCAGUAUUUGGAUGGCUUACCAACUGUAUGCAUAUUACAUGUACUCCGCCUUGCAAAUUUGGAUUCUGCUGAUUGUAGCCUCGGAAUCCAUACGAGACACUGGAGCAGUUGCAAGUUCUCAGGCUGCUGAAAUUAGGCUUGAUAUUCUAGCACAAACAAUCCAGGUGUCACCUAGUUAUUAAAGUUAUAUUUGUAAACAUGUAUAUAAAUACAAGGGCAUUUUGGUCAUUAUACCCCCAUAAAAGUUUUUAAAAAAGAUAGGUAACUAUUUGUUGCGCUUAAUUUAUGGAUUGAUAACAUUAAAAAAAAUCACAUCUCAUAGUAUUUUCAAAUA